UCAUGCUGAACAUACAGCAUUGACGAAGUCCAUUUAUUAAUAAAAAAUUUCAUCAAAAUGUUGAAUUCAAAAUAUUUUAUAAUUUUUCAACUGUUUUGCUUUUAUUUUGUGUUUUCGCAGUGCAAUUUGGUGGAAUUUUAUCGUUGGAAGCAGAUAACUUUCGAAGGAAUACCUAUAGAUAGGGAUGGAGAUGAGCAACUAAUUCCUCCCGAGCAAAUUCCACACGAACAAACCCUAUUCGGAAGUGUAAAGCCGUUCUACUAUCAAUACAACAAUGUUCUUAAGUCAGCCGUACAUUACAACGGAAAAUUUCUGAUUACAAUUCCAAGAAGAGGAUCAGGCGUUCCGUCAACUCUCAACUAUGUUCCAGACGAUUUGCCUGUCGGUAGCAGUCCCAGCUUACGUCCGUAUCCAGACUUUGAAACUAAUGAACUGCACCCGGAACUUAAACCAGACGAAAAUCGAAUUGUUUCAGUUUACCGCACUCGCGUAGAUGUAUGCGAUCGAUUGUGGUUCGUCGAUACCGGUACCCUACAAGGUCAUGAAGGAAACUAUAAUAAGCUAAUUCAACGACCCAGUCUGUGGGUGAUCGAUCUGAAAACAGAUAAAAGAAUUCGUCGUUUCGAAAUUCCUGAGACUUUAGUUCCAGAGGGAUAUGGUAUGAUUAGUGUAAGAGUUGAUGUGGAGAAGGAUAAGUGUGACGAUGCGUAUGCGUACAUUGCUGAUUAUUUGAAAGAGAAGAUUUAUGUGUACAGCUUCAAGACGAAUCGCAUGUGGCCCGUUAGUCACGUUUAUAUGAAUGAUGAAAAGAAGUUCGGCAUUUACAAAGUCGAUGGUGUCCAGUUCGAAUGGUUUGAUGGCAUCUUUUCGGUGGCACUAGGAAGGAAAAGUCCGUCCACUGGUUAUCGAACCGCAUACUUCCACCCACUCUCAAGCAACUCUGAAUUUCAAGUCAGCACGAAGAUUCUUCGAAACGAAACAUUGUCGCAAGACGCACAAGCAAUUCAACCUGAAUUUGUGAAAAUCGGCAAUCGGGGAAAGUCUGGCCACAGUCUGAUGCACGAGUUCGAUGACCGGACUAGCGUUAUAUUUUUCGCAAUGCUUACCAGAAAUGCGAUAACCUGCUGGAAUUCGAAUACAAAAUAUUUAGCCGAAAAUCAGGGCACCAUCAUCGAAAAUGACGACAGGUUCAAGUAUCCGGUUGAUCUGAACAUUGACACAAAUGGUACAUUGUGGGCAUUGUCGAACAAUUUCGUGAGAUUUAGUUACGGCAAGUUGGAUACCAACGAAUACAAUUACCGUUUAUGGCGUGGUAAUCCCAAAGACUUGGUCAAAAACACUGUUUGUGAGCCCAGAAAAUUUAAACCUGUCAAUAAGGUGACAGACGGUGGUCCGAGAUAGAUAAUUUGGUAGUAAGUAAAAAUUUAUGGCUCAUAAGAGAUGUGGUUAAAGAAUGAAGAUUGUGUGGGAAGAAUAACUCAUACAGCUUUGCGGUUUUACCAAUAAAUUAAGUACUCAAUUUGUG